CCCAUUUAGAGAUAGAUCGGGACGGAGCCAUUUCUUCAUUUUUAUAUGGAUACGAAAGCAAAACAUUAAUAAUUUGAAAAGCAAAGCAUCUUCGAGAGAGGGCGCACGAGCGAAGUUGGGAAAAGAAAAUUAGGGCACGUUCGGGGGAUAGGGAAGUGCUGUGGGCGUCCGGUCGCUUGAGUCUUCGAAACCCCUCCCGAAAGGAGGGAGGUGAUACGACGCGAGCGAGAAGAAGAAGUCGAAGAAAUCGAAGAGAUGUCGGUCCUCAUCGUCACGAGUCUGGGAGACAUCGUGGUGGAUCUCCACACCGAUCGCUGCCCCCUCACCACCAAGAACUUCCUCAAGCUCUGCAAGAUGAAGUAUUACAAUGGAUGUCUGUUUCACAAGGUGGAGAAGGACUUCUUGGCACAGGCUGGGGACCGCACGGGGACUGGGACCGGAGGUGAUUCAGUGUACAAAUUUCUGUAUGGUGAUCAGGCACGCUUUUUUGAGGAUGAAAUCCAUCCAGAUCUGAAACAUUCUAAAACUGGAACUGUAGCUAUGGCUAGUGCUGGAAAGAAUCUUAAUGCUUCCCAGUUUUACUUCACACUACGUGAUGACCUUGACUAUCUUGAUGAAAAACACACGGUAUUUGGUAUUGUUGAAGAAAAUGAAGGCUUGGACACCUUGGCAAAGAUAAAUGAAGCAUAUGUUGAUGACCAAGGCAGACCAUUUAAAGACAUUAGGUUGCAAGAAGUGUUGAUGGAGAGACCUGAAUUCAUAUUUUACGUGAGUCCUAUUUUGAAGACUGAUAUGUUUUUAGAGGAUACCACACUUGGAAGAAUCAAACAUACAUAUAUUUUGGAUGAUCCUUUUGAUGAUCCACCUCAGCUGGCGGAAUUUAUUCCUGAGAAAUCUCCAGAGGGCAAACCACAUGAUGAGAUAGCUGAUGAGCGUUUGGAGGAUAACUGGGUUCCAUUUGAUGAGACUCUAGCCCCUGAAGAGCUUGAGGAGGUGAUUCGUGCUAAAGAGGCACAUACAAAUGCGGCUAUUCUUGAAAGUGUAGGAGACAUUCCAGAUGCUGAGAUGAAGCCACCAGAUAAUGUGCUAUUUGUUUGUAAACUUAACCCAGUUACACAAGAUGAAGAUUUGUACACAAUCUUUUCACGUUUUGGAAAUGUUACAUCAGCUGAGAUAAUUCGUGAUUAUAAGACAGGAGAUAGCUUAUGCUACGCUUUCAUUGAAUUCGAGACAAAAGAGGCAUGUGAGCGAGCCUAUUUCAAGAUGGACAAUACUUUAAUCGAUGACCGAAGGAUACAUGUGGAUUUUAGUCAAAGUGUUGCGAAAUUAUGGAGCCAAUAUAGGCAUGGUAAAAGGAGUCAUACAAAUAAAGAUGGCUGCUUCAAAUGUGGUGCUCCUGAUCACUUUGCCCAGGAUUGUGAUCAACGGCCUGAUAAUAGACAAAGAGGUCCAAAAUAUGUGCUGAAAGAUGAUAACAUGCAGCAUGGUGGAGAUAAUCAUCAAAGGUAUGACAUGUUGUUCGAUGAAGAUAAUAUGGAUAGCGAACGUGGAAGACAAGAACAAAUGAAGAAAUGCAAGACAGACCAUCAUAAUUAUGAGCAUUCUACGGGAAGAGGUUAUGAUAAGAAAGACUCAGAGAGACAAGGGCAUGAUGAUAAUGGAAGUAGACGUAUUAGAGAAUAUGAGAGCAAUCAAGGAAGCAAGAGGCAUCAUGAGCAUCUAAGAUAUGAAGAUAAAGAGCAUCGAAGGCGGCACGAUAGUAGUAGGCAUCAUAAUGAUGGAGAUAACAGAAGUUCUGGGAGCGGAUGGCAUGAAAAUGAUAGAUCAGAUGGUGAUUGGCACAGGAAGGAUGGGAGAGACCAUCAGAAGAGAAGCAAAGACAGUGACAAACACAGGAAAGAUGACAGAUACUCUGAUAGGAAAAGUAGGGACCGGCACUACGAGUCAUACAAGGAAAGGAGACAUGGAGACGAUAGAAGAAAAUGAGGGAAAAGACACAUUUAAGCUGCUCGUGUUUUGAGGUUAGGACUUGCAGCAAUAGGCUGUAAUGCUGUGUGAAGUUAGGACUUGAAGCAAAAAGUUCUUGCUAGUGCUCCAUGAUAGAAAGCAUAUGUGAGUGCUACAGAACCUAACAUCCUAAAGUUUAAGUAGCUUGAUCUUUUUCUAUGUUUCUGGUACCGCAUAUCUCAGCCUUUAGAAAAAGAAGAAGAAAAAUAGUCAUUGCGUUCCUUUCCCAUCAACCAGAAUUUGGGAACACAAUUGAGACCCCACAUAACUGAAAUCCUCUACUUAUUCUUAAAUUUUAGCUACUGAAGGAAUCUCUAAAUAAUAUUUGAAUCAGUGAAUUGCUUUCUCAACCAU